CUGAGGCUGAUAUGAUCUUGCUUGGGCUAUGUAGUGAAAACCUUAAGACAAUCCUUGCUUUAGUGAGUGCUUCAGGAGCAGGGGCCUUUUAGUGCUGUUGCAGGACAUGUAAAGCGUGGUGUGAAAGGCCUCAGUGAUUCCCGUCGGGCCAGUAGAAGGUAUUUUAAUGGCUCACUGACCCCAGUAGCCAGGCUGUCACCACCUCUCUCACAGGGUCCGCAUUGUGCUGCUGUUAACUAGACAUCAAGACCCCAGAAACGCAGGAGGCUCCAGCAGGCCCCUCUGACCGAGGGGCCACAAAAGAAUGAAAUGGAAGAAAAACAAGAGCACCUCACAAAAGGUCUUAACAUCACAUGGUUGGCUGGAGAGACCAGGAAGGGAGAUAUGUCUUUACAUAUCGGCAUGCCACCGAAACAUCAAUUCUUCAUGCAACUCUUCACUACAAGGGAGUGCCCUGUGCCCCAGUCAUUAUGUGAUCAUCAUGCCUAUGUUUAUCCAGAAUGGAAUGGAAUAGACAUUAUAGUUCAAACAGUCAAAAUGAAUUUAAUUAGUGAGGUUUAGAGUGUAAAUGCUUUUUUUAAAUGAUGUAUGAAAACCUUUAAUAGUAAUAUAAUAUAAUUCCUGUUUUCAUAGUUGCAAUAUCUAAAGUACUGUAAAUUUAACAGCAGCCAGCACAUACAGUUAUUCUACAAUGUGGGAGAUCUGCGGACUUGACUCUCUCGUUGGCUGGGCGCUGCAAAGCGUCACCAUCUGUCACUGCUAAAGCAGUAGUCUACCCCCUGGUCUCUCUGUCAGUAAGAAAACAGUGUGGAGCAAAACGCUGUGAAGUUUGCCAUACGACUUACCGAUUUAAAUGUUGACCUCAAAUCUACAUAUGAGUAAAAAGAAAAACAACUAAUCAAGCGCGUCCUGGAAUUGCACUGCCGAGAGCUGUGGAUGAUUUUUCUCACAUUUUGGCACAUUCAAACACUAAAGAAAGACGGUACUUGAUGGAAUAAUUCGUUUUGCAUCGAAAAUAUGACGAAGAUAUUAUUACAUCUGGUGCAUUUGAUGUUAUUUUUUCAUUCCGGAAUCGGGGAAGUUUUAUCAGAGGAGCCAUUCGAAAUUACGCAGCAGGACAGCGAUAUCCACGAAACUACCGAUGGCACCUCCUCGCGCGAAAGCGCACGGUGGGACAUGGUCUCCAUCAAUAUGUUUAAAGUCUAUGAAAAGUACAGUAAGGAACCACAACGCCAUCGAGACGAAAAUACCGUCAGAAGUUUUAAGGCUAUUCCAGGAGUCUCCAAGAACAGUGUGUGGUUCCAUUUCAACCUGUCGUCCAUCCAGGAGUCGGAGGACAUCCUGUCCGCCACAUUCCACUUCCUGGACCAGCGUCCCCGCCACCGACCCUGGAUCUGCCGGCGCUCCCGAAGCGCUUCCUGUCGCCUUCAGUGGCAUCCCCCAUCCCAGCUCCUCUUCCGAGGAACGUCCCCAAACUCUGCCUUUGCCUCCCUGCUGGGCAACGUCACCCUGCCCCCUCCCAGGAGAGGGUCCUGGCAGACAAGUGAUGUCUCCGCUGUAGUCAAAGAGGCCAGCAUCCUGGGAGUCUUCCUCAUUACCGCUGAGUUUGACUUCGGGAUGAGGCCCCAGAGGAACCAGGAACGCCUUUCUCCAGCCAUCCUACCGUACGUCCUGGCGUAUGCCAACGACAUGGCCAUAUCUGAGCCCAACAGUGUGGCCAUGACCCUGCAGAGGUACGGGCCUUUCCCUUCGGGCGAGGAGCCCACCCGGUCAUCCAACGAAUCUCCUCCAGCCUCUAGGCUGAAAAGAGAAGCAUUGUCCCCCCUGGACCAAAUACUGGACAAUGACCUGCCUGAGGUCCAGUUCAACACCCUGAAGAGCCAUGAGCUAUGGGAGAGCACUUAUUUGGUUCCCAAGAUCAAGCCCUCAAUGAAAGAUGGGCAAAAGCAUGGCCAGGAGAGCAGUGAGGGGUUGAAUAAGCCCCAGGUGCUGAGCUUUGAUGAGAGGACGAUGAAGAAGGCUCGCAGGAGACAGUGGAGUGAACCCAGGGUCUGCGCCCGACGCUACCUGAGAGUGGAUUUUGCAGACAUCGGCUGGAGCGAGUGGGUGCUAGCCCCGAAAGCCUUUGAUGCCUACUACUGUGCAGGCACCUGCGGAUUUCCUAUUCCUAAGGUUGCCCGGCCCUCGAACCACGCCACCAUCCAAAGCAUUGUGAGGGCGGUGGGAAUCGUUCCCGGCAUUCCGGAGCCCUGCUGUGUUCCGGACAGGAUGAGCUCUCUGAGUGUUCUCUUCCUGGACCCCAGCCGGAACAUGGUGUUGAAGGUUUACCCCAACAUGUCUGUGGAGACCUGCGCCUGCCAGUAGAACCACCCGGAAGGAGCCUCAAUGCAUAAUGCAUGAGCCAGAGUACAAUGAAUCAGACAGAGUGGAGCAGAAGAGACAUUCAGUCAGUACAGUAAAAAAGACAGAAAUCUUUGGAUGAGGCUGCAAUGGAUAAACCCACCAUGGAGGGAGAUCUGGAUUAUAGAUAAGAGUUUCUGGAUUAUAGAUAAGGGUUUCUGGAUUAUAGAUAAGGGUUUCUGGAUUAUAGAUAAGGGUUUCUGGAUUAUAGAUAAGGGUGGCGAGAUGCAGAGAACGCCGUGUCUGACCAUCAGAUUAGUGUGAUUCACACAGACAUUUCCUUGUCAUUCAGCAGCUCAACUGUAGUUGAAUUUGGGCCUGUAUCACUGUCAGUUCCAAGUCUUCAGCCAUCCAGAGCUCUUGAUGUAUACACGGAUUCCAAAGUAACUCAAAUGAUGGACCCUAUUGCCAUGUACUGGACUUCGGUGGAGGCUGGUGGGAGUAGCUACAGGAGGGCGGGCUCCUUGCAAUGGCUUGAAUGGAAUAGAUGGAAUGCUAUCAAACACAUGGAAACGACAUGUACGACUCAGUUCCAUUUACUCAGCCAUUGCAAUGAGCCCCUACUCCUAUAGCUCCUCCCACCAGCCUCCACUGCUGCACUUAGACUAUUGGACUCAGGUGAGCUUUAGAUGUGAUGUCUUCGUACGGUACAACACUCAAAAGUGGAACCUCUGUAAAUAAUAAUGUAACUAAUACAACUAAAUAAGACUUAUUUCUGUAAAUAAUUGCUGGGAUCUUAAACUAUGUUUUGCCUGUAGUGUUCACUAGUUGUGCAGUUUGAAUUAAUCUGUCAACAUAAAUGGUUAAUACAUGAGUGAAUGUACUGUUAUAAUAAAUAAUCCCAUGUUGUUUUCUGACAUGUCAUGUUUGCAUAAAUUUGAAUCAGGAAUCCAUUGUCGUCAUUUUCAGCGAAGAAAAUGGAGAUAGACAGCACAUUCCUGCCACCUGCUGUUUUGAAAUAGAAAAUAGUUUUCAAAAAAUGGCCAUUUGAAGAGGUAGACCUGAUAUUGAUUGUUUUGAUCUUAUUGACGGAAAGAUCGGGAGAGCUUAAUUACUUAUAGACCACUAGUGCAAAGUCAUUACAUUCAAAAUUGUCAGCAUCAGACUGUAGUUGAUUAACGUCAAACUACCACAAAAGUCUUGAGAAUAUUGUGCCAUGUAAUUUCUAUUCCAACAUUGUGAAUUGUGCAUUUAUCUUUUGUUUAGGCUUUGUCUGGUUUUGAUCAUGUGUGCUUUAAUUGCCCAAAUAUGGCCUAGAUUGACUCAAAACUUAAAUGGAAAUAAACUGAAUGCUCUAUAAAGUGGAGUACAUGAAUAAUGAGAACCCUGGGAGAUUGGUUGGGGUUGUUUUAUUUUAUGAUGACCUUGUCCUGAGUCGUCAUAGGCUGCGUUUACACAGGCUGCCCAAUUCUGAUCUUUUUUUCACUUGUUGGUCUUUUGACCAAUCAGAUCAGCACUGAAAAAGAUCGGAUGUGAAAAACUCUGAUGUGAUUGGUCAAAAAAACAAUCAGUGGAAAAAAAGAGCAUCCUACAUAUUUACAGUAUUAGCCAAGCAGCUAAUAUUAGAAUUACAGGAAUGUUUAGGGAAUAGGAAUGCGUUACUCAUUUCAGACUCAAAUAAAGAAAGUACCUUAAUCACCAAA